AUGGAGACUUCGAUUGUGUUUGACCCAACACAACCUGCCCCAGUCUCCGUUGAGCCUGUUUCGGAAAAGGCCAAACCUUCCGUGUUUGGAUGUAAGAUUAAAAAAUCUUCCAAACGAAAGAAUUCUCCCACUAAGCCAAAGCAUCAAAAGAGACCCAAAGUCAGCUCUUCCUCUCCAAAGGAAGAUGCUCAUGACAUUCAGGCUAACUUUGGCCAUCUGAACACCCCACCUGCCGACUCAUCUAAGGUACCCUUCAAUGUUUCAACAUCACAUGAACACGUACACGGGGAGUCUCCACAUAAUACACCCUCACCUUCCCAAAAAGGUGAUGCCGGUGUUGAUCAUAGUUCCUUGCGACCCCCUGGAACACACCCACGAGUCUCUUUAAAUAUCGCUCUUGUUUCUCACACUAGCACACACUCUGGAACCCCUGCACCGGACCCUAAGCAUUCCGGAGCUGGAGCAGUCUCUCCGACUCCGGAUGCCUCAACUGGUCUGAUACCCGGAAAGUGUACAGGAUGA